AGGUUAACGCUUCUUAAAAAAGAGGAAUAGAACAGGAAAAAUGGCAGCAGAAACUCAGACACUUAACUUUGGGCCUGAAUGGCUGCGAGCUUUGUCCAGUGGCGGGAGCGUGACAUCCCCUCCUCUGUCUCCGGCCUUGCCAAAGUACAAACUAGCAGACUAUCGCUAUGGGAGAGAAGAAAUGUUGGCACUUUUUCUAAAGGAUAAUAAGAUACCGUCAGACCUUCUGGAUAAGGAAUUUCUGCCUAUUUUACAAGAGGAGCCCCUGCCACCACUGGCACUUGUACCUUUUACAGAAGAAGAACAGAGAAAUUUCUCGAUGUCUGUAAACAGUGCUGCUGUCCUGCGGUUGACGGGACGUGGAGGAGGAACGGUGGUAGGGGCUCCUCGAGGUCGAAGUUCCUCUAGAGGUCGAGGCAGAGGCCGAGGAGAAAGCGGUUUCUACCAAAGAAGUUUUGAUGAAGUGGAGGGUGGAUUUGGGCGAGGAGGGGGCAGGGAAAUGCACAGAUCACAGAGUUGGGAGGAAAGGGGGGACAGACGCUUUGAAAAACCAGGGCGAAAAGAUCCAGUGAGACCAAACUUUGAGGAAGGUGGGACAGCAACAGCGGGGAGGAAGCAUGAGUUUAUACGCUCUGAGAGCGAGAACUGGCGCAUCUUCAGGGAGGAACAAAAUGGGGAAGAUGAUGAUGGAGGCUGGCGACUGGCUGGGUCACGGAGGGAUGGUGAGAGGUGGCGUCCUCACAGUCCAGAUGGCCCUCGUUCUGCAGGCUGGCGAGAACACAUGGAGCGACGGCGGAGGUUUGAAUUCGAUUUCCGGGAACGAGAUGAUGAACGGGGUUAUAGACGAGUGCGGUGUGGGAGUGGCAGCAUGGAUGACGACAGGGACAGUCUCCCUGAGUGGUGCUUAGAAGAUGCAGAAGAAGAAAUGGGAACAUUUGACUCCUCUGGAGCGUUUCUCUCUUUAAAGAAGGUGCAGAAGGAGCCAAUCCCUGAGGAACAGGAGAUGGACUUCCGACCUGUGGAGGAAGGGGAGGAAAGAUCCGACUCUGAAGGGAGCCACAGUGAAGAAGCCAAAGAUCAUGAAAAGACAACCAAGAAAGAGGGGGAGAAAACAGAUAGAGUCGCGGCAGAAGCAGUGGAAGAAGCAGUCCAAACAUCUUCACCGGCUGCCAGGUCGGAUACCCCACCGAAAUCCCAGCCUCCAGAUCCCCUGCAGACGAACCUUUUCGAAAGGAAGGAAGAGUCUGUGCCAGAAAGGACAGAAAAAACAGAAGAUAAAGAGAAUCGAACAGAGAAUACACCGCCAGCCAAAAUGUCCAACAGAGGGGAAGAUUUGGCUUCUGUUGCUCAACCUUUGCCACAGAUUUCUGCAGACACAACUUCUCCUGCUCAUCUUUCUCCUCCUGUUUCCAAUUCAAAUCCGGCUCUGCGGCCAGUACAGACACCUGUUACAGCUGCUCCAGGCAUGGGCAACAUUCCCACUGACCCAGAUGAUGAAGAGGGCCUCAAACACCUAGAGCAGCAAGCAGAGAAAAUGGUGGCAUACCUGCAGGACAGUGCCCUUGAUGAUGAAAGACUAGCAGCAAAAAUUCAAGAGCACAGAGCAAAGGGUUCUUCUAUGCCGUUGUUCCAUGAAGCCAUGCAGAAGUGGUACUACAAAGAUCCACAAGGAGAAAUUCAGGGUCCUUUCAGUAAUCAGGAGAUGGCAGAGUGGUUCCAGGCUGGAUAUUUCACUAUGUCGCUGUUGGUGAAGAGAGCCUGUGAUGAGACUUUCCAGCCCCUGGGAGACAUCAUGAAAAUGUGGGGCAGGGUUCCCUUCACUCCAGGUCCAGCACCGCUUCCACAUCUGGGUGAGCUGGACCAGGAGCGGCUGACUAGACAACAAGAGUUGGCCCUGAUCCAAAUGCAGCACCUCCAGUAUCAGCAUCUUUUAAUACAACAACAGUAUGCACAGGUGCUGGCGCAGCAGCAAAAGGCAGCCCUCUCGUCCCAGCAGCAGCAGCAGCUCGCUAUUCUCUUGCAACAGUUCCAGGCCCUGAAGAUGAGAAUAUCUGAACAGAACAUGAUGCCACCUGUUACAAGGUCUGUGUCAGUGCCGGACACUGGCUCAAUAUGGGAACUUCAGUCGGCCUCACAACCUACAGUCUGGGAAGGAAGCAGUGUCUGGGAUCUCCCCAUUGAUACUGCAGCUCAGGGACCAGCUCUAGAACAACUUCAGCAGCUCGAGAAGGCCAAAGCUGCAAAGCUAGAGCAAGAGAGGAGAGAAGUGGAAAUGAGGGCCAAACGAGAGGAAGAGGAGAGGAAAAGGCAGGAGGAGCUUCGGAGGCAACAAGAAGAGCUACUUAGGAGGCAGCAGGAAGAUGAGAGGAAACGACGGGAAGAAGAAGAACUGGCCCGCAGGAAGCAAGAGGAAGCCCUGAGGCGACAACGAGAGCAGGAAAUUGCACUAAGGCGGCAGCGGGAGGAAGAGGAGCGGCAACAGCAGGAGGAAGCACUUAGAAGAUUGGAAGAGAGAAGAAGAGAAGAGGAGGAAAGACGGCAGCGAGAGGAGUUAAUUCGUAAACAGGAAGAGGAGGCUGCCAAGUGGGCACGUGAAGAGGAGGAAGCUCAACGGCGACUUGAAGAAAGUCGGCUACGCAUGGAAGAAGAGGCAGCCAGACAGCGGCUCGAAGAAGAAGAGCGAAAGCGCAAGGAGCUGGAACUCCAGCGCCAGAAAGAAAUCAUGAGGCAGAGGCAGCAACAGCAGGAGGCUUUACGGCGGCUGCAACAACAGCAGCAACAGCAGCAACUUGCACAAAUGAAGCUCCCUUCAUCUUCAACAUGGGGUCAGCAAUCAAAUUCAGGAGCUUGCCAAUCCCAGACCACACUGUCAUUGGCAGAAAUCCAAAAGUUGGAAGAAGAACGAGAACGGCAGCUUCGAGAAGAGCAAAGGCGUCAGCAGCGUGAACUCAUGAAGGCCCUCCAGCAACAGCAGCAGCAACAGCAGCAAAAAUUGUCAGGCUGGGGCAAUGUCACCAAACCAACGGGCACCACCAAGUCCCUGCUGGAGAUACAGCAGGAAGAGGCAAGGCAGAUGCAGAAACAGCAGCAACAGCAGCACCAGCAGCCGAACAGAGUCAGAAAUACUACACACUCUAACCUGCACACCAGCAUUGGGAAUUCAGUGUGGGGCUCCCUAAACACUAAUCCCAGCAACCAGUGGGCAUCUGACCUAGUCAGUAGCAUCUGGAGUAAUGCUGAUACCAAAAACUCAAACAUGGGUUUCUGGGAUGAUGCAGUGAAGGAAGUGGGACCUCGUAACUCGACCAAUAAAAACAAAAGCAAUGCCAGCCUCAGUAAAUCUGUAGGUAUUACAGGUAGACAAAACAAGAAGGUAGAAGAAGAGGAGAAGCUGUUGAAAUUGUUCCAGGGGGUUAACAAAGCCCAGGAUGGAUUCACUCAGUGGUGUGAACAGAUGCUUCAUGCACUCAACACAGCCAACAACUUAGAUGUUCCCACGUUUGUUUCUUUCCUGAAGGAAGUGGAGUCUCCCUAUGAGGUCCAUGAUUACAUCAGAGCCUAUCUUGGAGAUACUCCUGAGGCCAAGGAGUUUGCCAAGCAGUUUCUUGAGCGCCGUGCCAAACAGAAAGCCAGUCAGCAGCGGCAACAGCAGCAGCAACAGGUAAAUCUUACUCACUGUGCUCCUCAGGAGUGUAUAGAGACCACGUCUGAGUCUGAAGAUUCGGUGUGGGGCAUGAACCACAGUUCACUACAUUCAGUCUUUCAGACCAAUCAGAGCAACAACCAGCAAUCCAAUUUUGAGGCUGUGCAGAGUGGAAAGAAAAAGAAGAAACAGAAGAUGGUUCGCGCAGAUCCCAGCUUGUUAGGGUUUUCAGUGAACGCCUCAUCAGAGCGGCUCAAUAUGGGAGAAAUAGAGACUUUGGAAGACUACUGAGCAUGUGCAAAUCAACUGGCUUUUCCUGCGUCUGUUAACCAUGGAUUCUCCGUUUUGGACACAGUGCUCUCCACCAUGCGUUCUUCUUCGCCUCGCAGUGAAUCACAGAAUCAAUCAUCUCAGGCUGCUUCCUCUGGCCCCAGCAAACCCUUUCUGCCCAGGACUGCACAGACGUUGUUCCUGCUGUCAGCCUAGAGUCGAGCGGACUUUAUUCGGAGUCCUGGGAGGGUGGGAGACAGGAUUCGUUCGCAAGGAGGCUGAUUCGGGCAGCAAGCUUUCACUGUGCUGUGAUUUCUUCUGCUGACAUACCUGGAAAAAAAAAAAAAAUAUCAAUUGGGAUUCUGCAAACCAUUGCUUCCCUCUCCUGGUUACUCUUUCCACAUCCAACACGUGCAGUCAUGGAGAGAGAGAGUUUGUGGUUAACAGAUGUUGGUCAAAACCAAAAUGCCACACAGAUACUGACUUCCGCGCUCCAUCAGGGCAAGAGGUGCUCUCCCAAGCCAGGAGUUGCAUUCAUAAGCUAACGUUAGAACUGGCAACAGCAGGAGAGGGGCGGUGGCGGGCGCAGUUUUGCUUGGGUUGGUUUGAAGUUGCACACCCCCUGCCAGCCCUUCUCAGCACAUUGUUUUUGGAGGGAAAGCUCGAGUCUGUCUUCAUUAGGUGGUGAUGCUGAAGCUGGUGGAGUUCCCCGUCGGCAUACUCCAGCCUUCCCGGACAAGUGGGGACUUCUACUCUGGGAAAAAAGCGGGGUGGCAUCUCUUCUUUCAGGUUGAAUUUACCCCUUAAAUGCUACCUUCGGAGGGUUAGGACCAGUUUACUUUGAGCUCUUUUCCUGCAAAUUUGUCUCGUUUAAGAGACAGUAGGGUCUCUACCGUGCGGAUCUUUGGUGAGGGUGAACACUGGCUUUCAGAUAUAUACCCCAGCAGUCUUAGCUAGUUGUCAUUUCAAGCAGUGCUUAGGUUAACGAGCAGAGAUGCCCUUUUGUCACGAAGAGAGACUGUGGAGGGCGAAGCUAUGUGCAAUGACGGCCCUGCUUAUCUUCUACACCUUAAACUACUUCACACACCUUCACUGGGAUCCAUAAUGUUUAAGUAUUUGUGGAAUCAUAACCUUCCUCUCUCACCGAAAGAUUAACACCACCUUCCCUUCUCCACCUGCCCACGUGCACACACCGCGAAGGAAAGAAAAGGAAAACUGCCAAAUGCACUUAGUUUCAACCCCCUGGUCCCGUCUCCCGUUCCCAGAGGGUUAUAACCUGCCGAGGGAGAUACGCUACAGUUUUGGUGGAGUUGUAUAAAGGUGUCUGUCUUUCUGUCAUCACUGCCUAAAGAAAACAGUUCGAGUUGCUCAAGAGCAGUUUGGCUUUGGAUUUUAUUUCGUUUGGUUUAUUCAUUUUUUGGGGUCACCUUCCCCCCCUCCUCCUCUUCCUCCUCUCUCUUCCCCCUGCCCCCAAACAUGUACAGUAACUAUACAGAGACUGCUGCAGACUUGUAUAUAGUUUUUGGAUCCAAUAGCAUGGAGAGACUUGGAACUGUUGCAAAUCUGGUCUCCCUGUCUCCUUUGCUUUGUAAAUUCAUAAAAGGGGGAAGAGGGGUAGUUAAAAUGUUUACAAAACUUUAAACUCCCUCUGAACUUUUGCCAGUGUCGGGGGGGAAUAAGAGAGAACUUAAAUAAAACCUGGUUGUAUUAUAUCUGA